UCUCUCUUAGUCUUUAGCAGAAACAGAGUCAGAGUCAGAGCAAUGGCGGCGAAAAGCAAGAAGAAGACGAUCUUGAAGACUGUCUCCAUUGUCGACAUCAGCUGCGGCAACUGUAUCAAACCAACCUUCGCCUCUAUUCUCAACCUUUUCUCCAAAAAGCCCAAACCUCCCAGCUCCUCUACUUACCACCGUCACUGCCAUUCAUCAACCAUCUCCUCAGCCACACCUUCCUCCACGCCUUUGGCCACCGCUGCCGUCGCCGUCGAGAAAGAUUCUGACGACCCUUACCUGGAUUUCCGGCAGUCUAUGCUUCAGAUGAUACUAGAGAACCAGAUUUAUACGAAAGAUGAACUCAGGGAGCUUCUUCAGUGUUUCCUCAGUAUCAACUCGCACAAUCAUCACGGCAUCAUCGUCCGUGCCUUCUCCGAGAUAUGGGAAGACGUUUACUCCGCCGCCGCUUCCGUCGUCCAAGCGUCUCCUCUCGUCACCCGCCACGUGUCACGUGAUUACUAUAAUAACUAUUACUAGCUAGGCUAGUUAAUAAAAAUGAAUAGCUAGUCUAUAUCAAUCUAUGAUCUAUCUUUGUAUUUAUGUUUGUUAGGGAAGUAGUAAAGGUUAACGUGAUCGUUAUAACUCUUUUUAAUUAAGAUCAUGUCACGUCAUCAUCAUAUUGACACGUUUGAAAACGUGUAAUAUUGUGAUUACGUAUGCUUGCUCCAAUGUUCGUCUUGCUCCAAUGUUCGUCUUAA